AUGGACUUAUUAGAUGGUUUAGAUGAAAAUCUAUCAUCUACUCAAUUGAAUCAAAUUCAAUUGCUGUAUAAUAAUGAUGAAUCUUCUUCUUCAGACGAAGAAGAGGAAGGAGAACACCAGAUAUCUCAUAAGCAAGAUCAAUCUAAUGAUCAAUCAAAUGAUCUUAGAUUCAAUUUCGAUAUUGGUGCCCUUGCAAAAUCAUUACUGAAAGAUUCAGGUUUGAAUCUUAACCUUUUAAAUGGUAUAAGGAAAAGAUUAACUGGUGAUGAUAACAAAAAUGAAGAAGAAGUAGAGGAAAAUGAGGAAGAGGAUGAUCAUGUGAAUCUGAAUCAACUUCAACAAUCAACUCAAAUAGAACCUACUCAAGAAGUAUCAAUCCCCUUUGAUUUCAAUUUUGAUAAUUCAAUGUUAAAGGAUGAAGAUGAAGAUCAUGAGGAUACUCCAACUUCAGGACAAGAAAUUCAAAAAUUACCUCAAUUAGAAAUAGAUGCAUCUGAAUUCAUAUCCAAUGAAUCUUCAACUCAAGUCAUACAUAAUAAUAAUAAUACUAUAAAUGACACUCAACCUAUAAUUUCGAAACCAACUACUGAUUUAAACUCAUUAUUCUUAUCUCAAGAUGAUGAUGAAGAAGAAGAAAAUGAUCAACAUCAAAGUGAAAAAGAAAAUAACUAUAAACCAUUAUCAAAGGAAGAACGUCUAGCUAAGAUUGAAAAACUAGCUCAAAUAAAAAGACAACAACGGUUAGAAAAAGAACAAAAAGAACAACAAUUACAAGAUGAACUUAAUACCACUACUUUAACUGAUGAAGAAAAUGAUUUAAAUAAUGAAUUCAAUGAUUCAGUAGUUUCAAAUGCCAAUCCUACUGAUCAUGUAUCAAGUAAACAAUUAAAAGAAGCUGAACAAUUCUUAAAUGUUCAAAAGAGAAAUAAAGAUAUCAGACCCGAAUUUGAAAAGAAAAUUGUAUUUACUAAACAAAAAUUAUUAUCUGCGUUUAAUGAUGAUGAUGAUGAUGAAGAACAACAUCAUACUCUUGAAAAGGAAAGUUCACCAUUAGGACUCUAUGAUCAUCAUAGAUCUAGCCCUCAUACUUCUCCAGUUAAAACUAUAUCCAAGAAACCUAUAUCUUCAGAUGAAGAAGAAGAUGAUGACGUAGAUGAAGAACUUGAUGUGGUAGCUUUAAUUAAUAAAAAACCAACUGUUCAACUGCAAACUCAAACAAGAAAUCCCAUUGAAUCAUAUGCUCAAAAUUUAAAACGUCAAUUAUUUUCAUCACCCACAAAAAGUGAUAAUGAUGAACGUGUUAAUCAAAGGCUUAUCAAUUUAGAUGAUUCCGAUUCUGAUUUAGAAAUCAAUUCAUCAUCACCAAUUAGAAACUCUACUAAUUUACCCAAGACAAACAUCAACAACAAUAAUAAAUUCGUAAUACCAGAACUUUCAAAAGAUCAAAAGAUAACUAUAAAGCAAAAAUUCGUUAAGAAGAAAUUAUUAAAUUCAAAAUUACCUCAGAAUCUAGUAGUUAAGAAUUUAGGUCAUAAGACAAAUCUAAAGGAAUCCAAUGACUUUUUAUUGAAUUUACAACGUGCAAAUAUCUUACAAUUGAAAGCGAAUAGAACUAAUGGUGAAACCGCCGUAUUAGAAGAAAUGGAAAAAGAUGAAGAAGUUAUGGGAUCAUUAUUGGAACAAGAAAUGGAAAGAGUUAGACGUAUUAGAGUACGUGAAAAAUUAAGAGAAAAGGCUAAAUUGGCAUUACUUGGUAAAUUAAAGGGUAAGAAUGGCGAUGAUGAUGGUGAAGAAGAAGAAGACGAUGCUGUACCUGAUAGUGAUGUACCUGAAAGUGAAGUUCCUGAUUCAGAUUAUGGUUCAGAUGUUGGUUCUGGUUCUGAUGCUGAUAAUGGCGAGCUUAUAGAUUACGAAGCUGAAGAAGAUUCCGAAGAAGGUGAAGAAGAAGUGGACGAAGAAGACGAAGGCCAACCUGAAGUUUCACAUAGAAAAUCAAAGAGAGUUAUCUUAUCUGAUGAUGAUGAAGAAGGUGAAGUAGAAAUGGAAGAUAAUGAGGAUUUAUCAGAAUUGAGAAAUCACGAUGAUAGUUAUAUGUUUGGUGGAAAACAAGAUAAAGAACAUGAUCAUAAAUUAGAAGGUGUCAUAACGACUGCAAGUUCACAAUCAUUCCAAAACAACCCAUCUGAGAAUAUUUUAUCAACUUUAAAAGAAACUCAAACUCUUGAAGACGAAGACGACGAUAAUGACAAUGAACAUGACGUGUCUAGAUUCAACAAUGACAAUUAUGUAUUAUUCCAAAAUUUGAAACCAAGACAACCAAGUCAACAACAAUCAACUCAAAUUUCAGAAGAUUUAGCUAAUAAAUCAUUCAAUGAUUUCCCCCUCACCUUACCUUCAUUCCGUGAUAUUAGUGAACCAAAUACUCAAAAUGAUUCCAUAAUCUCAACCCAAGCUGAUACUAUUAUAAAAACUCAAGUAGAUGCAAAUAUGACUACUCAAGUUGACGAUGCUGAAACUCAAGUAAUUGAAAAACCUAAGAAUGAUGAAUAUGAUGAAGAAGAUGAAGAUGUUAUUACUCCUUCCAAAGUUAAAACUGGUAGAAAACUUAUAAGGAAGAAUACGUCUAUAUUGAAUGAUAUUAAUGAAGAAGAAGCUGAAGAAGAAGAAGAUGAGGUGAAUGAAGAAGAAGAAAAAGAAGCUAUGGAAUUGAAAAUCAAAAUGUAUGAAGAGAAGAUUAGAAAGCAAGAAUUAAAACAACGUAAGAAGAGAAAGGAAUUCGAAAGACGAGGUCUUAAAGAUAUGGUUGAAGGAGAAGCUGAAGAAUCUGAAGAUGAAUGGAAAGGGUUAGGUGGUAUGGAUGGUGAACUUUCUGAUCAAGCCAAUUCCGAUGAUGAAAGAAUGAUUGAUAAUGAUUUUAAUAUCGAUUUAAAAGAUGAUGAAAUCAGAAAGAAAUUCAUGGAAGAUUAUCAAAUUAAAGAUCAAAAGGAAUUAGAAAAGUUAUUAGAUGAUAUUAAAAAUCAUAGAUUAACUAAGAAAGUUGCUGGUAAUGGAUUAGAUCUUGAAUUAAGUGAUGAAGAAGAUCAAUUGUUAGCAGCUUAUAGAAAACAAAGAUUACAAGAACAACGUGAAAGAUUAGCUGAAAGUAAAAAGAUGCACGCCUUUGUGAAGAGUGAAAAAGCCAAGGCCUUCUUUAUGGAAGAAGAGCCUACGAUUAUCAGAUUACAUGAUGAUGAAGAAGAAGAGGAUGAUGAAGAAGAAAUAGAAGAAGAUACUUCAAGUAGAAAAUCUAAGAGUAAAAGUCCAUUCACUGGAGAAGAUGGUACAGAUGGAGAUGAUGAAGAAGAUGAUAUCAUUGAAAAGGAACCUCCAGUCAAAAAGACUAUUAAAAUUGAAGAAUCAUUUGUUCAAAGACAAUUAUCAUUUUUACAUAAGAAUAAAGAUCAUGAUUAUGAAAAUAUUCAACGUAUUUCAAAUAAGCAACAUGGAAUUGAUUCUUCGGAUGAUGAAAUUAUUGAUGUAAAAGAAUUAAAAUCGAAGAGUUUAAGUAAUUUAACUAGUAAGAGAUCAGAAAGUCCGAUGACAAUUGUUGAGGAACCAGUUGAACCAGAGUCAAGAAAGAGAUCAAUCGAUGAACUCCAUGAUACUGAUGUUGACGAUGACGAUAUCAUGCCAUCUUUCAAGAAACCAUCCAUUAUCGGUUCAUUCAAAUCCUUCCAUGAACAACAAGGAAUUCAAAUUAAGGAUGGUAAAAAGCAUUUCUCUGGUGUUACCAUCAGUAAACAAUAUAAAGUUGCGUCUGGAUCCAAGGCUUCUAUUACAUACAUGUCCAAGAAGACUGGUAGUUCCAACAAACCAAUUAAGAGUUUGAAAGAGAAGAGAAUUCAAAGAAGUAUCAAUAGUUCUAAAGCUGAAGUUAAGAAGAUCUUCUCCAAUGAAGGUUUUGAAUAGAUAGAUACACCCCCAAUUAGCAUAUUUUUAAAUUAAAACUUGUAUAUUAGA